UGACUUAAGAUAUGUCAUGCCAAGAACUGACUGUGUACAAAAUUUAUCGAACAUUAGCUUAAUCCAGGAACUGGAGACGUUUUCCAGGGGGGUUGGUUGGGUAAGCAGAAGGGGCUCAUGGGUGAUAAUAAUAAUUUAAUAGUUAAUAAUAAUAAUUUAUUAAUUUAUAGUGUGCUUUUUAACAUGUAAUGAUCAAAAGAUUUCUGUCGCAGAUUUCUUGGAUUUUGUUUUAAUUAAAUUUUCAGCAGAUUAAUGGUUCUCUAGUUAUAGUUCACACUUGCUGUGUCCAUGGGCAAAUCUAAUCACUCCAAUAAUCCCUGCAGAUCUGUGACCUGUGGCCACAAAAGUCUUUUUCUGGAAAUCUCGCAUUGAAGAUGUGCUAAGUGCAACUGUCAAGAAAACUUGGAAAAGUUUAAGGGUUACCAUGAACAGUUUAGUAUCCCACCAAGGAAGGAGAGGCAUUGCUCCCAGUAGCAUGAGAUCAUACUGUCAGGCCCUUGGCAUUGAAAUUGAACUCCUUUGGCAGUAACUUAGCACUGGAUUUAUUUAGGAUGUACUCUUGUGUAUGCAUAGGGGUUGAGGGGGAACUACCAGGAAACCAGUUCUAUCUAAAUUAUAUAUAACAAUGUUGACGUCAUAGUUUGUUUUAUGAGUAACAUUGUCGUCUACAGUCUCAUUUCUUUUUAAAGACUUAGAUAAUGAAAAUUAAUUAAAUCCAUUUAUUAGCAUUUCAUUGGCUUCGAUAAUCAUAAUUUCAUCACUGUCAUCAUUAUUAUAGUCAUCACUAUCCUUCUAUUAACUGUUGUUCUGAUGGUGACAUCCUCCUCAGAAAGAAUGCUAUAUCAGCAACACAGGGGCAUAAAAUCACACACCAGUACUAAGAAGAAAACCAUUGCAACAUACUCAAAGAAUCAACCAGUCCAAUUGCCUAAGAAGGAGCACUUUCUUACACCUGAUACCCCAGAAAUAGACUGGUUACCACGUUCCAAGGAGCUGACCUGGAAAAGAGACAUGAGCAAAAAAGGCUCUACAACACUCACUCGACCAGCAACCAGACAGGGGUCUACUCUGGCACUCAGAAAUAUAAGCAAUAUACCAUUCGAAAAAAAUUUAAGCCAAACACCAUGCAGACCACAGUCAAGGCAAUCUAACAGAAGGCUGCCUCUGGGGGGCUUUUCAGCUGGCAAAGUAAGCUCCACGGUUAAUAAAGACUGCAAGAUAUACAAAGCAGAAUUAGAGAGAAAAAAGGAUGUGAAGAAAACUAAGAAAUCAAAGGUUUUAGCCUCCACAACUACUUAUUCUUCAAGGUCAAUGUCCUGUUGUACAGCAUGUGGGGCUCUUACAUGUAGAAGUGGGCAUUCACCUGGUACCAAACAAGCAACUGUCAAAUCCAUGAUAAUAUGCCAUUCUUUAGAUGACUUGGACUUGAGUUUUGCAGAUUCAGAAGCCUUGCAACCUCACAAUUCAACCCUCAGAGAAGAUGAGUUAAGUUUAGAGCUGAAAGACACAUUCCCUCAAGACCUUUCAGCCAUAUUGGAGGAGCCAAUGGACAACAAAGAGAUUGAAUCUCUCAAAAGGACUAGGACAGACAUUGAAAACUGUACACAGAAUAACAAACAAGAGAUUGUUAAUCCAGAACUCUAUACACAUGAAACAAGUGAUCCUGACUUAACCCCACAGACUGGCUCCAAAACAGAUUGUACAAGUGGUGUGAAAAUGACAAAACCCAAACAAAAGCGGAAACUGGCCUAUUCUGUAAACACACAGCCAGACUGCAUUCUUCUUGAUGUGAUAAGCAACAAAAAGAAGCCUGUAAAAGUCCUUUUUAAGCAAGACAAAAAUUGGUUGCACAUCAACCCUUCAAGUUUUCCAGUUGAUAUAUUGUUGUAGCUUUGUCUUCA